CCUCACUUCCCCGGCUGUCGGGAGGGGUGGCGGCGCGGCCGGUGGCACCAUGCUGCAGUUUUUGCUUGGUUUUACUCUUGGCAAUGUGGUUGGGAUGUAUCUGGCUCAGAACUAUGAUAUUCCUAACAUCGCAAAGAAGCUGGAAGAUUUUAAGAAGGAUGUGGAAGCCAAGAAGAAACCUCCUAAUGACAAGUCCUGAAAGAGCAGUGUUCCCGAGGUCAACUCUGGGUGCACCAAGGAUUCAAUUUACUUUUCAGGCAGCAAAGGUCAAGUAGAGGGUUGGCAUGGGAGGUUCCUCUACUCUUAGUCUUCUAGAACUGGAAUAUCCUUCUUUUGAAAGGGCAGCCGUGAGCUUUUCCUGGGACUGAUUUUCAAAGGUUUCAGAAUUUGGAUGUGCAACUGUUGCGUGACUAGAUGAUAUCAUUUGUAUUUUCAGUAUUUCUUUUCCUAGUAUUUUGUAACCUGUUUUUACCUGAUCCAGCUGGAGUGCUUUUGGUCCUGUUACAAUGUGUACCUCACACUUGAUAAUACCCUAGCUCUUAAAACAGCACAAAAGAAAUAAAAUGCAUCAAGAAGUAA